AUGGACUCGAGUCUCGAGGUUACGACCCUCGACAGCAACACCAAGGUCCAUGAGAUCAUCAGGGACCAGUACCUGGCCGCCGAUCUCGAUGAGAUGAUUCAGCUUCAGAAGUUUGCCGAAAAGGUAGAUUUUGAGCAGAUUUGGGGCUUAUUUUUAGUUUUUUGGGGUAUUAUUCUUGACCUUGUUGUAUUGUUUUCGAAUUUUAAAAUUAUUUUUUCAAUUUUUUAUUAAAUAGCGCUUUCUUAUAUAGUACAGCUACGUAGUUUUUAAUAUGUUUCAAGUACCUGAAUUACAAGACCUGGCUGGCUUUGUGCGUUUAAAAAACCUAGGGUAAAACUGUGCUUGUCUCAUGUUUUUGCAAACUCAUAAUCGUACAUAACUUAAAGUAAACUGUAAUUUUCUUUAAAAACCUUUAAAAGCUGACGUAUAGUACCCAGGUAAUCCAGUAUUGAUAGACCUAUUUUUAGUCCUUUGAAAAAUUAAGAAAAUAGUUUAUUUACAAUUUUAUACCCCUUUUGAUCAAAAAUAGUACUAAAAGACUUAGAAAACAAAAUUAGUCUUCAAAUAGCCUUCAAAGUUUACAAAAUCUAAUCAGAUCUCUCGGUUUCAGAACAAAUUCAAAGCUGAGAUCGUGUGGAGAAACGUGAUUCUGUUCACGUUGCUACACGUCGGAGCCUUUGUUGGAUUGUAUCAAUUCAUCUUCCUGGCCAAAUGGCAGACUAUGAUCUUUUGUAAGUUCUUUACUUCACUCUCCUAAACUACUUAAGCUACAGUAUAAAAUCCUAAAACUCAAAGCAAAUUUACUGUAUAACAAUUCAGUUGACCCUACAGUACAUAUUUACAUUUUUUAACUACAAAGAAAUGAUAGUAAACCCUGUUAUAUCCCCUUUAAACAAAGAUUCAAAACUAUUUGAAACGUACCAUUUGUUGUUAUUGCUCUCUUAACCCGACCGCAUUAAAGUACUUUUAUCUUGACAUACCUUCAAAGGCUUCAUGUUAUCAAUCACAAUAUGGUGUGAUUCCUUUUAAUCAAAAACAAAAGCGAAUUACAGUAAACUUGUGACGUUAAAGCUAUUUUUGACACAAAGUAACUUACAAUAUUAGCUAUGUUUUGUCAUGAAUUAGUUAUUACAGGCCGAAACUGUAUCAUACUCAAACUACAGUCAUUGAUAACUUAACAUAUACUAAAAUUAUACUACUGCUCCUAUAUUAACCUCAACUUUUAGCUGUCCUAAUGUACAUGCUAGGUGGCAUGGGCAUCACCAUUGGAGCCCAUCGUUUGUGGUCCCACAAGAGCUUCAAGGCCACAAUGCCGUUCCAGUUCUUCUUGAUGUUGGCCAACACCUUGGCCUUCCAGAAUGAUGUCAUCGAGUGGUCACGAGACCACAGAUGCCAUCACAAGUGGACAGACACAGAUGCCGACCCUCACAACACGAACCGUGGCUUCUUCUUCUCCCACAUGGGCUGGCUUCUGAUGCGGAAACACCCGAAGAUCACGGAGAUGGGCAAGAAGCUCGACCUCUCCGACCUCUACGCCAAUCCCAUCCUCGUAUUCCAGAAAAAGUAGGCGAAUACUAAGUUUCUUCUUGGUGUACUAUUAACGCUUUCAAAAAUCUUCAUUUCUUAUCUUAUUGCCAGUUCUAACCAACAACAAUUUCAGUCACUUCCUGACCUUGUCCCUCCUGAUCACCGCUCUCCUCCCCACUGCCAUUCCAGUCUACUUCUGGGGCGAGAAAGCCUACGUCGCCUUUUACUGUGCCGUCGUGCUCCGCUACACCUGGACCCUACACGCUACAUGGUUUAUCAACUCUGUAGCCCACAUGUUCGGCUACAAACCCUACGACAAGAAUCUGACCUCGGUCGAGAGUGUGUGGACUUCUGUGGCCGCGUUGGGAGAAGGUGGCCACAACUACCAUCACACCUUCCCACAAGACUACCGUGCCUCCGAGAUGUCGUAUCUGUUCAACUGGAGUCGGUAUGUGAUCGACACCUUCGCCAAGAUCGGAUGGGCGUACGACCUGAAGGUGGUGGACGAGGUAACCAUUGCGAGACAGUGCGAGAAGCAUGGUGAUCCCAAGAAACGAGUGUAA